AUGGUCUGCUAUUCACUUGACCCAGAAAACCCUAUAAAAUCAUGCAGAUCAAGAGGUUCAAAUCUUUGUGUUCACUUUAAGAACACCUGUGAAACUGACCAGGCCAUCAAGGAUAUGCAUAUCCAAAAAGCCACCAAGUAUCUGAAAGAUGUCACUUUACAGAAGCAAUGUGUACUCUUCCAGCAUCAUAAUGGUGGAGCUGCUAGGUGUGCCCAGGCCAUACAGUGGGGCCGGACACAGGGUCAGUGGCCCAAAAAGAGUGCUGAACUUUUGCUGCGUGUGCUUAAAAAUGCAGAAAGUAAUGCUGAACUUAAGGGUUUAGAUAUAGAUUCUGUGGUCACUGAGCAUAUCCAGGUAAACAAAGCACCCAAGAUGCACCACUGCACUUACAGAGCUCCUGGUGGGAUUAACACUUACAUGAGCUCCUCCUGCCACAUCGAGAUGAUCCUUACUGAAAAGGAACAAAUUGUUCCCAAACCAGAAGAGGAGGUUGCACAGAAGAAAAACAUAUCCCUGAAGAAACUGAAGAAGCAAAAACUCACAGUACGGGAAUAA